GCAGGCAUGGACCAGAGUUCGGUGUGCGUCGGCUGUAACCGGGUCAUCACGGACAGAUUCCUGCUCCGGGUCACCGACGGACUUUGGCAUGAAGAGUGUGUCCGGUGUUCCGUGUGCGGAGAGUCGCUGCAGAACUCCUGCUACCUGCGGGACCGCAAGCUUUACUGCAAGCGGGACUAUGCGCUGCAGUUUUUGGUGCGUUGUGGGGGCUGCGCUGAGGUCAUUUCUCCUGCCGAGCUGGUGAUGCGAGUGGGGGCCGCUGUGUUCCACCUGCACUGCUUCACCUGCUCCGUUUGUUCCUGCCGCCUGCAGACGGGGGACCGCUGUGUCCUGAGGGAGGGGCAGCUUCUGUGUGCCAGAGAGGGCUACCACCAGUGUCCCAGCAGCCCCACUUCCUCUGACACAGGUAAGAGUGACGACGAAGAAGAAGAGGAAGAAUCGGGGAGAGAGGCUCUGGGACAAAUGGGAUCAGAUGACCUUGAAAACAAACGUCCCAAAAGGCCUCGCACUAUUUUGACCACUCAGCAAAGACGGACCUUUAAAGCCUCUUUUGAGGUCUCUGCCAAGCCCUGUCGAAAGGUAAGGGAGACCUUGGCAGCUGAGACUGGACUCAGUGUUCGGGUCGUGCAGGUCUGGUUCCAGAACCAAAGAGCCAAGAUGAAGAAACUGGCCAGGAGGCAGCAGCAGCUGCAGGAAGAGCAGACUCAGGAUCAGCGCAAGCACUCACAUCACACAGCGCCCUCUUGUGGUUCUUUACUGCCUGAGCGGGAGCACCAUGGGUCCUGCCAAUUGCAGCAGCAGAUGGGACUCACAUCACUGGAGCAGCAAGAGUUUGACAUAGACCCAUUCAGACAGGGCCUGACCCCUCCUCAAAUGCCUGGAGAUCACAUGCACCCCUAUGGCUUCAAGUCUCUUUUCCUGGACAAAGACCCUCUGUGCCACAUGGCUGAUGGCGACUGCUUGUCUCUGGACGACUCUUCCCUACUUACCCCCAUCGACCGCCUCUACUCCAUGCAGGACUCCUACUUCACUUCCUGAGAGAUGGACUGCGAAGCAAUUCAUUCCCGUCGCUCACCUGUCUUCCAUUAUUUAUCCGUCUGGUCUGGACUGCAUGUACUCAUGAAUGUAAAAUCACUGCAGAUUGCUACUCUGGACUGCGAUA